AUGUGGGGUGUUCCAGCCACCGAAGGAACUGUGCCAUCGUCAUCAUCAACGCGGACUCCCCACGCCGACGAAGUCAGCAGAGUUAGUAAGACGUACGAAAGUCUGGUAAAGCAGAAAGAAGACGCUUUAGAUUCAUAUACCAAAUUAUGUGAAUCUACUGGGACAAAGAUCGAUCCUGCAAUUGAUAAAUUUAGGUGGCAACAGACUCUCCGUUGUUUGCUCUCCUCGGUUUGGAAUACCUGCAUCAUAGAUAAUCCCUCAAACAACGCUUUGGCUCAAAGGAAUUUUGCAAUCAGACGACAACUGGGAAUUAUCGAAAGUGCCAGCACCAUUUUGAGGAAAGAAGGUAGUCGAGCAUCCAAGGAUGCGUAG